ACCUCAGAAAAAAAUGGAGAAACAGGCAACAAGCAAUGAGACUGAGCCACUGACUUCCAAGAAAGCGGUCUCAGACUGUAGUGAAGGAGAAGAUUGUAAGGAGAACAGACUUGUCAGGAACCCUAAAUCUGCCUUACGACUAGUGGAGGAUGGCAAUAAAGUCCAUCCCAGCCAAGGAGAUAAAGGGGAGGGAGCUCAGAUCUCAAAUGGUUAUUCAGGGGUUCAGAGCUCUGUUCCCUGUAAUGGAAUGGGAGAGGUGGAAGAUGCCCAGGGCACUGCCCCAGCAGCCACAACCACCACCACCACCACCACAUCUACCACCUGUGGAGCAGAAGGCCAGCAGCAGCUGAUGGAGCUGGAGGACAGAGAGACCUGGAGUAAAAAAAUUGACUUUCUACUCUCUGUUAUUGGCUAUGCUGUGGAUCUGGGAAAUGUGUGGAGAUUUCCUUAUAUAUGCUACCAAAAUGGAGGAGGAGCAUUCCUCAUCCCUUACAUUAUUAUGGCCAUCUUUGGAGGGAUUCCUCUCUUCUAUAUGGAACUAGCACUAGGACAGUAUCACAGGAAUGGGUGUAUUUCAAUUUGGAGAAAAAUAUGUCCUAUAUUCAAAGGAAUUGGCUUUGCCAUCUGUAUAAUAGAUCUUUACGUAGCCUCCUACUACAACACCAUUAUGGCUUGGGCCUUUUACUACCUCGUAUCCUCCUUCACGGCGGAGCUGCCCUGGACCAGCUGCACCAACACCUGGAACACGGGCAACUGCACAAACUACUUCAGCAAGGACAAUGUCACCUGGUCCCCACACUCCAUCUCUCCCGCAGAAGAAUUUUAUACCCGCCAAGUUCUACAGGUGCACAGGUCUGAUGGGCUGGAUGACCUGGGGGGCAUUAGCUGGCAACUGACCCUCUGUCUGUUGUUUAUCUUCACCAUUGUGUACUUCAGCAUCUGGAAAGGGGUCAAAACAUCUGGCAAGGUGGUAUGGGUGACUGCCACAUUCCCUUACAUCAUCCUCCUCAUCCUGUUAGUGAGAGGUGCAACUUUGCCUGGUGCCUGGAGAGGGGUCCUCUACUACUUGAAACCUGAGUGGCAGAAGCUCCUGGCCACUGAGGUUUGGGUGGAUGCAGCAGCACAGAUUUUUUUCUCCCUUGGGCCAGGUUUUGGAGUCCUAUUGGCUUAUGCCAGCUACAACAAAUUCCACAACAACUGCUACCAGGAUGCUCUGGUUACCAGCACCGUGAACUGUUUGACCAGUUUUGUGUCUGGAUUUGUCAUUUUCACUGUGCUGGGAUACAUGGCUGAGAUGAGGAAUGAAGAUGUUUCAGAGGUUGCCAAGGACACUGGACCCAGCCUUCUCUUCAUCACGUAUGCUGAGGCCAUUGCAAACAUGCCUGCUUCUACCUUCUUUGCCAUCAUCUUUUUCCUGAUGUUACUCACACUGGGACUGGACAGCACAUUUGCAGGACUAGAAGGAGUGAUUACUGGAGUACUGGAUGAAUUCCCACAUGUGUGGAGCAAACGCAGAGAAUUGUUUGUGCUUGGUCUGAUCAUCAUUUGCUUUUUGGGGUCACUGGCAACCCUGACAUUUGGAGGAGCUUAUGUGGUAAAGCUGUUUGAAGAAUAUGCCACGGGUCCAGCUGUCCUGACAGUGGUGUUUCUGGAAGCAGUUGCUGUGGCCUGGUUCUAUGGCAUCACCCAGUUUUGCAAUGAUGUGAAAGAAAUGCUUGGCUUUGCCCCAGGUUGGUACUGGCGAGUGUGCUGGGUAGCAAUUAGUCCCAUCUUCCUUCUGUUUGUCACUUGCAGCUUCCUGUCCAACCCUCCUGAGCUACGGCUUUUUGAUUAUAAUUACCCCUACUGGACCACAGUCUUGGGUUACUGCAUAGGAACCUCUUCCAUCAUCUGUAUUCCCAUCUACAUGGUUUAUCGGUUGAUCGUCACUCCAGGAACACUUAAGGAGCGUAUUCUGAAAAGCAUUACUCCAGAAACAGCUACAGAAAUUCCUUUUGGAGACAUCCGCAUGAACGCAGUAUAA